AUGAACAUCCUGCUCCUCGCCUCCGCCCUGCUUCUCGCUCUCGGCGUCUCUGCCAAGGACUGCCGACCGGUCUGCGAGUACAUCGGACACACUUUCGUGGAUCGCACUUGUCUUUGCGUGCCAGGGAUGAUCUCUCAACUGGACUGGACAGAGAGGAUCGUCGUUGCAGCAGGCAAGCGCAUGGCCGCGACUGGUUCUUUGACUGCUGAGUUCGACGAGCGCUCAGGAGGUGACGCUUUGAGAUGGAGGACUGCAUAUAGCCGUGAGAUGACAGAUAAUGGGAGGUUCAUUUGCAAAGUACUGCAUCGAGAGAGCGCUGAGAGCGCUGAGAGCGACCUGCUCGGGCAGGGCAUUGACGAGCGUCAGCUUUGA